UGUUGUUAAUUAGCCAACAAAAAUGAAAUUCAAAAUAUGUGUUUUAUUAGUAGCUAUUUUGUCGAUGUUGGUAUCAAGCAUUGAGGCAACUUUCUUUUUUCACAUGAAGCACUGCAUAGAAUGGCCUAUUUAUUGGUCUCCUUUUGAUCACCGCGGCCACCAUGGCCACCACGGCCACCACUACAAAAUAUAUUGUCCACCACCACCUUCCCCUGAAUACGAAUCACCACCACCACCACCACCGCAUCCACACAAACAUAAACAUAAACAUAAGCCACCACCACCACCACCACAUCCAUACAAACACAAAUCGCACAAACACAAAUCACCACCAACAAUAGAAGCUCCUUCUCCGGCACCAAUGAACAUUCCUCCGCCUACUCCGGCUCCCUUAGAAGCUCCUUCUCCAUCACCAAUAGCCAUUCAUCCUCCUCUGCCGCCUUCCCCAGCACCCAUAGAAGCUCCUUCUCCGGCACCAACGAACAUUCCUCCGCCUACAGAAGCGCCUACUCCGGUACCAAUAGAAGCGCCUUCUCCGGCACCCAUAGAAGCGCCUUCUCCGGCACCCACUGCCAUUCCUCCACCUACAGAAGCACCUUCUCCGUCACCUAUAGAAGCGCCUACUCCAGCACCAAUAGAAGCGCCUACUCCGGCACCCAUAGAAGCUCCUUCUCCAGCACCUAUACAAGCUUCUAUUCCAACUCCGGCACCAAUAGAAGCUCCUUCUCUGGCACCUAUGGCGAUUCAUCCUCCUCCGCCGCCGACAGAAGCACCUUCUCCGACUCCAGCUUAAAUUAAUUUGCAUCACUAAUUAUCCUUUUUCAGUUAUGCACACUCCUAUUAUGCUUGCAACAUUGUCAAUUUACUAGCCUUUUCUUUGUUUAACAAGCAUUACUCAAUAAAUAAAUUUAACUUGUUUCAAAAUUA